AUGUUCGGACAACCCCAAGGGGGCUUCGGAGGCUUUGGCAACACCGGUGGUGGCCUCUUCGGUGGCAACACUGGUGGGGGCAUGUUCGGUGCCAACUCCGGUGGCGGAAUGUUCGGACAGAACACUGGAGGGGGCCUCUUUGGUGCACAGAGCAGCCCAUUUGGAAACACAGGGGGUGGAGCUGGCGGGGGAUUGUUUGGACAGCCCCAGUCUGGUGGAGGCCUCUUUGGAUCUGGAGGCUGCGGCUGUGGCGGCGGAGGCUUUGGCUUCGGCCAAAGUGGCGGCAUGGGCCAAGGACAACCCACGGGUGGCCUAUUUGGAGGAGGAGGCUUCGGGCAGAGCCAGGCAUCUGGUGGUUUGUUCGGACAACCAGCAGGUGGCGGCGGCAUGUUCGGCCAGAGUUCAGGUGGAGGCCUUUUUGGACAACCUAGCUCUGGUGGCGGCCUCUUUGGACAGCCCGCGCAGGGCGGGAUGUUUGGCGGUGGCUUCGGCGGUACCGCAACAGGAACAACCACGAAGAUGCAGGAGAUCACCGACCAAGAAACCAAGUUGAAAUAUGCACACAUCGGCGUGAUGGACUGUUACAAGAAUAAGUCUUUCGAAGAGCUCCGCAUGGAAGACUAUCAGGCCAACCGCUUGCAAGCAGGACAAGCUCCAGGUGCCUCAGGUGGCCUCUUUGGUCAAAGCUCCAGUCCCUUCGGUGCCAGCUCUGGCGGUGGCCUUUUUGCUGCGAACUCCGGAGGUGGCCUAUUCGGUCAAAACACGGCCGGCGGAGGCCUAUUUGGGCAAAACACCGGGGGCGGCCUCUUUGGUCAGCCGAAUAGCGGUGGGGGCCUGUUUGGUGCCAACACCGGCGGAGGAAUGUUCGGCCAGAAUACUGGAGGGAUGUUUGGCGGCAACACCGGUGGAGGCAUGUUUGGACAAAACACCGGCGGUGGCAUGUUCGGUCAGAGUAGUGGCGGUGGCUUGUUUGGUGGAAAUACGGGUGGUGGAAUGUUUGGAGCCAACACAGGUGGUGGCCUGUUUGGUCAGAACACUGGCGGUGGCCUCUUUGGGCAGAACACCGGAGGUGGAGGUCUGUUUGGCCAGAAUUCCGGUGGCGGCUUAUUCGGACAGAACACCGGUGGCGGCUUGUUUGGUGGGAACACUGGUGGCGGCUUGUUCGGGCAGAACACUGGAGGUGGCAUGUUUGGAGCCAACACCGGUGGCGGCUUAUUUGGCCAAAACACUGGUGGCGGGCUAUUUGGCGCCAAGCCCAGCGGUGGUGGUCUCUUUGGGGCAGCCUCUGGUGGUGGAUUGUUCGGUGGCAACACCGGUGGCGGGCUCUUUGGAAACACCGGCGGUGGCAUGUUCGGCGGCAACACAGGAGGGGGGAUGUUUGGCGGGAACACCGGUGGAGGCCUUUUUGGCAACACCGGCGGUGGCAUGUUUGGUGGAAAUACUGGUGGAGGCCUCUUUGGAGCGAAUACAGGUGGUGGCCUCUUUGGCCAGAGCAGCGGAGGUGGCCUGUUCGGUGCGAACACUGGAGGCGGCCUUUUCGGCAAUAGCGGUGGUGGCAUGUUCGGAGCCAACACCGGUGGAGGACUGUUUGGCAACACCGGAGGUGGCCUUUUCGGCGGCAAACCCAGUGGUGGAGGUCUGUUUGGUGCCAGUUCUGGUGGAGGCCUCUUUGGUGCGAACAGUGGAGGAGGCCUUUUCGGCGCGAAUUCUGGCGGUGGCUUAUUCGGAGCCAACUCUGGAGGAGGCCUUUUUGGUGCGAAUUCAGGUGGUGGCUUGUUCGGAGCCAACACAGGGGGGGGCCUUUUCGGCAAUACAGGAGGAGGCCUCUUCGGAAACUCAGGAGGUGGUUUGUUUGGAAACUCAGGUGGAGGACUCUUUGGUGCCAGCAGUGGUGGCAUGAUGGGUGCUUCUGGCGGAUUAUUUGGGAAUACAGGUCAGAUGGGCCAGAUGGGACUGGGAGGAGGUAUGGGUGCUAUGCCCAUCUCACCUGGAGAUCCCUAUGGUUUGAACGGCUUGGUGACUGCCAAUCAGGCACCGCCCAGACCACUGGGUCUGACUGUACCAAAGACGCCGUCAAAAGCCACAUCCGCAUACCUGUGGAAGUCACAGCCCGAAUCGGCAGCCAGAGUUCGCCAUUCAACGCCAUCACGGUCUACAUCCGAGGGCUCCUUUGCAGAUAGAUCUCCACGAAGCACAUCUUUUAGCCUUCCACCUUCGGCUGUGACCGAUCACAUCCGGUCGUAUGGUAGCUCCACACCAAGAAGCCGACCGGCCACCCCGACAUCUGGGCCGGAUGUCUCACCUUCGGCAUUCCUGCGAGUGUCAAUGAAGCCAAAGUCCCCCAAAUCGCCGACACCAAUGUCGCCAAGACGUACACCAGAGGAAGGUAUGCCACCAUUGAGGCGACCACGCGAUGUACAAAUAGAUGGAACGACGGGUGGGACUGGCACCCCUACUGCAGCAGAGGAGAUGCUGACGCCCACAUUGAAGCCGAUCAAACCAAACAUCAUUCGACACGGACCCGAGAGGUCGGAAGAGGCACCGUUGGCGGAAGUGGCGGCUGCUUCGUUGGUGCCAAAGCUCUCGCGAGCAGAUUAUUACAGCAAUCCAUCGAUUGAAGCUAUGUCCAGGAUGAGUGAAGCACAACUUAGUCGUAUCGACAACUUGGAGAUUGGUCGCUACGGCUAUGGCGCUGUCAAAUGGCCAGGACUCACUGACGUGCGAUGCCACGACUUUGAUCGGGAUGUUCGAAUCGAACGUGGCAGCCUGACGCUCUACCCCGACAGGGAGAAGCCAGAUAUCGGCCAAGGGCUCAACAAAGAAGCCGUGGUCACCUUGAAUGUGAAACCCACAAGGAAUGACGUGAAGCCCAAAAGCCUUGAACAGCUCCAGCAACGCUUGUCAAAGCUCUCCGAGGAGUUUGGUGGGAAAUUCAUCUCUUAUGACAUGGAGAAAUGGAUCUUUAGAGUUCCACACUUCAAUCGAUGACGGAGGUUCUUCUACUCCAAAAAGACUGGCAAAAGUAUGGCUGGCUGGAACCCUGGCGCUCAAGACUUGGGAUGGCUGAUCCAUCACCUAGAGUGAACAAUCUGCAAGAUGAAGCAAGUCUUUGUGCGAGAAUCUCUAGGGCAAAGAUCCCAGCUUCGCCCUGCAC